AUGGUCAGUACUGAAGAUCCAGACUGGCUCCAGCUGCUUCAGAAGAACUCCAGCCCCCCAAGACCCUUCUGCCCCCCACAGGAUGGGAGCCUGGGCACUGGAGGCCCGGUCAUGAGGGACUGCUGCUCUUCCCCAAAGGCUAUCCCUGCAUCCCCAAGGCAUACCCUUGACCAAAGCCUAGACAUGGACUCCAGACACAGCAAUGCCAGUCGGGCUGGGGAAGGGGCAUCCUGCUCUGAGAGCCCUGCUGGGAGCUUAGCCUGCCCCUCUCCUACCUGCAACCCUCUCCCAGAGACAGUGAGAGUGCAUGGACCCUUGAUCUCAGGAGCCUCUGAAACGACUCUGUUUGGAAAGCCAGAACCCGCCUCCCCAGCAGAAGCUGCUCCUACAACCCCGGAGAACAGAAAUCUUGUGUUCUUGGAAAAGAUGGAUUCCAACUCCUUGAAGCAGGCAGAUUCUACUUCCACCGGAAAAGAAGAGGCUGGGGCCUUGAGGAAGGAAGAGUCCAUGUUGACGGGAAAGGCAGAGCCUACAAUCUGUGGAAAGGGGGAGCCUGGGACUGUUGGAUGGAUGGAUUGUACAACUCCAAGGAAGGAGGAUUCUGGGUCCUUGGGAAGAGUAGAUCCAAUGUGCUCCAGCAAGGUGGAUACAGCAUCUCCAGGAGGGGAAGAUCCUGACUCUUUAAGAAAAGGAGAGCCUGUAUCCUCAGGCAAAGUAGAUCCCAGAAAGGAGGACCCCAUGCAUUCCAGAAGAGAGCAGCCUGGAUCUACAGGAAAGGGAGAUCUUGUGUCUUUGGGGAAAAAAGAUAUGGAAGCCCCAGAAAAAGCAGAUCCUGCACCCACAAAACAGACAGAUCCUGGGUUAUCGGGAAAGCUACCUCCAGGAUCAUCAAGCAAGACGGAACUUGUGUCUUCAGGAACAGUGGCUCCUGGGACCAAAAAGGUGAAUCCUGUGUGCCUGGGGACGGUGGACCCUGCAGCUGUGGGAAAUACAGAAACUUUGUCCUCAGCAAAAGAGGACCCUUCUCGGUUUCUUGGAAAGAUAGACCCGCCGUCCUCAGGAGAGGGUGGGCCUGUGUCUGUGAGAAUGACAGAAACAGUAUCCACUGGACAGCCAGCAAAGACAGAUCCCACAUCUGUGAACAGUACAGGACCUUCAGGCAGUGUGGACCCAGUUUCCUUAGGAAAUGUGGAACUUGUCUCCCCAGUGAAACCAGAACUCCUGUCUUCUGGGCAGGCAGAACGUGUGUCAUUGAUAAAGACAGAAACCCUAUCCUCAGGAAGAGAAGACCUAAAGUCCUCUAGAAGAGUGGAUCACACAUCUGUCACAGGAAACAUAAAAACAUCUCAAAAAGGGAAUCCCAAGUCUUCAGGAAAGACAGACCCCCCAUCUUCAAGCUCAGGAGAUGCCAAGUCUCUGGGGACAUGGGGGUCCCUGUCUGCCGAGAAAGCUGAGGCAGUGACGGAGGGAAAAGGAAGCCCACGGUCCUUGGAAAAGACAAGUCCCACAGCCUCAGAGAAGGCUGAUUCCCUCGCUUUCAGCAAGGUGGGCUCUGCAAGCCAGGGAAAGGCAGAGACUGUUCCCUCUGAAGAAGUGGGCGCCACGACUUUAGGAAAAGUGGUCCCAACGGCUUCAGGAAAACUAGCUUUGGUGUCCCCAGAGAAGGUGGAUCUCAUGGCCUCGGAACGAGCAGAAGACAUUCCAGAGGUGAAGGCUCCGGAGAAGAGGAAUCCUGUGAACUCCACCAGGGACUCAGGGAGUGCUGAGCCCAAGCCUGGGGUCAAGGUGGUAACCCAGCUUCCGGAUGCCACAUCCCCGGGAAAGGUGGAGGAUCCGUCUUUGCAAAAAGAGCAGCCACAGGUGUCUGGGAAGAUGGACCCCUCGGGAAAAGUCGACCCCACUGCGUCUGCGGAGCCUGUGUCCCUGGGGAAGGCUGACUCCGCAUCUCCAUCUCCGAGAAAAGCAGAGUCUCAAACCUCGGCAGAGACUACCCCUCUGUCUCUGGAGAAGGCCAAGUCCUCUUUCAGGCAAUCAGAUGGUACAGCCUGCAGCUCAGCCCAGCCUCUGGGAGAUGCCAGGAGCAGCGGGGCCCUGCCAGAGCCACAGCCCUCUGCCAGCACCAGCCAGAAAGACCUAGCGGCAGCUGCGGCUCAGAAGAGCCCCCGCGCGGAGGGCACAGCGCCCCCGCCAGGGCCACGGACUCGCGACAACUUCACCAAGGCGCCGUCGUGGGACGCGGGAGCGCCACCGCCCCGCGAGGACGCGGGCACGCAGGCCGGCGCCCAGGCCUGCGUCUCGGUGGCGGUGAGCCCCAUGUCUCCGCAGGACGGCGCGGGCGGCCCGGCCUUCAGCUUCCAGGCGGCACCGCGCGCGCCCAGCCCCUCGGCCAGGCCGCCGUCGCGCCGGGACGCGGGCCUGCAGGUGUCGCUGGGAGCCGCCGAGACGCGCUCGGUGGCCACCGGCCCCAUGACUCCGCAGGCCGCAGCGCCGCCCGCCGCGCCGCCCGUCUUCCCCGAGGUGCGGGUCCGGCCGGGCUCGGUGUUGGCAGCCGCCAUGGCACCCCAGGAGGCGGCCGAGCCGGUGCGCGAAGUGAGCUGGGACGAGAAGGGCAUGACGUGGGAGGUGUACGGUGCCUCCAUGGAAGUGGAGGUGCUAGGCAUGGCCAUCCAGAAGCAUCUGGAGCGCCAGAUCGAGGAGCACGGCCGCCAAGGGGCGCCGGCGCCGCCGCCCGCCGUCCGCGCGGGCCCAGGCCGUGCAGGCUCCGUGCGCACCGCUCCUGCCGAGGGCGCCGCCAAGCGUCCGCCCGGCCUCUUCCGCGCGCUGCUGCAGAGUGUGCGGCGGCCGCGGUGCUGCUCGCGGGCGGGCCCCACCGCCGAGUGA